AUGACAAGUCACAAAAACGACCGAGGGAAUGCCGAUCUGGUGAUAAAAAAGGAAGACACCAAAGACAAGGAAACUGGAGAGCCCGUGGUGAAACAGAAUCGCGAGAAUACCGAUGCAAUAGUAGAAAAGAAGAAAGAAAAGGAGGUGGACGGAGGUCGGGAAGCAAAACGAGCUGCGGAGGGCACUGAGGCAAGUGAUAGUAUUAAAGAAUACGACGAAUUUUCUAAAGAAGAAGGAGAAGAAGAAAAGCCUUCGGAACGGGUAGAGGACUACUACGAGUUAGUGUCUAGUCACUCGUCGGAUGAUUUUGUUUGGGACUACCUUAACCCGCCGGCGGAGGACUUCGAUGAAGACGAGUUUUAA